AUGGAUCCAUUCUCUCUGACUUUGGGCCUCUUGCCGUUGGUCGGCGGAGCAAUCAAGGCAUGCUCUGUUGUCCGCAAGAAAUUCAAGACGUUUCGACACUACUCGAGAGAAGUCCGGCGCAUCCAAAAGCAAGUUGACCGUCAACUGAACUUCUUUACGAAUGAGAUACACCUGCUGCUUAGACGAACUGUUGAGAAUGAAGAGACGAUCGCCUCAAUGCUUGAGAAUGAGAACACUCAACAAUGGCAUAGCUCUCAGAUUGAGGAAGAGAUGAGAAAAGCACUCGAUGAGGAUUAUGAUGUCUGCCAGGGCGUGAUUGAAGACAUCGUCGGCGCGGCGCAAAGCUUUCAGGACGACUUCCGCUGCUUCGACGGACUCACGGCAGAUCUCAAAGAUGCUGUGCGUCGGCUUCGCGGACGGGUGAAAAUCUCACUGGACGAAUCCAGGUUCGAGAAACAUAUCCAAGAUCUGCGAGCGUCCAUCGACGACCUCAAACGUAUCCGAGAGCAGAGGAGUGAGCUGAGACGGAAUAAGAAUGAGCUCAUAGCAACGAAGCAACCUCCUGGGAAACUAAGCCAAGAAUACGGGCAUAUCGGUCAAGUCAGGAGAGCGUCGAAAGCCUUCCACGAAGCCCUUGCCGAAGCUUGGUCUACCUCGAGUACUUCCACCGAGGUACUCGGCAUGCGCCAUACUGUUCGACUGUUUCUGGAUACCACGGUCAAAGACGAUGUUCAGAUGCAUGUUGCUAUAUCCUGCAUGGGCCAUGAGCUUACUGAUAGAACGGUGGUACAGGAAAGACUUGCUAGAAUUCUAGUGCGAUCACAGAUACGGACGUGGAUUGCUGAAACCGACAACUCUACGUCAGGCGUACCUGAUCCAGACGAAAGACCCCGGCAGAAACGAAGAAAGGUCCGCUUUUCGGAAGACGUGCGAGAAGAGGCCGGCAAAGAAGAUGAUGAGUUUGACGCAACGAGGGGCGUGAACCAUCGCCAGGGCUCAUCAGUCAACUUGUGCUCAAAGGGUCUAUGCCCAGCCUUGAAUAGCGUCUUCAACUUUGCCUCAGAAGGGGUUUGUAGCGAUCAAUGCCUAGGGUACAUUGACAGCUCAUCGCAAGAUCCAUUCCGGCAUUCGAUUUACCCUGGAUCUGUGGACAAUCACAACCACAUCAUGACCACAUCUCAAGCUCUGAUGUCAAUGAACGACGUGUUGAUGACUCCUGCCGAGACCACGCUUUCCAUUAUCGACCAACUAAAGCUGGCUCGUGACAUGGUGAGCGCGGUUCUCAAAUUUUACUCCACGCCGUGGCUGAGAGAGUACUUCACCCUACGGGACCUCUCCUUCUUUCAGAUGAGCGGGGACUUUUCGAGGUGCCUUCGGACCCUCCAUCUAGGCUUCGACUUUGUCCAGUCAUCCGCUGCAAGCCUACCACGAAGCAUGGAGGGAAUAGAGGCGACGGCCGUGCAGGACAGCAGCGACGGCAGCCCUAACGAAGUAGAGAGCGCUGCCGAGCGCGCAAAGUUGGAGUACGGUAUACGCAACCUGACGCUUUGGAGUCUCGGUAUCACUCUGCUUCAGAUCGGACGGUGGUCUAGCCUAGAGGCCCCGGAAGACGUUCUCAGCGUUCGGAGGCUGUCGCGGCAGGUCCCUACUUUGGGUCCGAAGUACAGGGACCUCACCAGGAAAUGUCUGGAGUGUGACUUUGGAUUCGGUGACGACUUGUUGAAGCCGCGCUUGCAGCAGGCUGUAUACGAGAGCGUGGUUUGCGAGUUGAGCGAUAUGAUCAAGACACUGGAUGUCAGCGAUGAUUGA